AUGGCAACUACCUCGAUGGAUUACGAGGCCGCCGGUGGUGAUCGCUACGACGACGAUGCGCCCCGCUACGAUCGUGACAACAGAAGCGCCUCACCUCGACCGCCCCGUGAUGAGAACGAUGGCGGACGUCGUCGAUCAGCGUCACCAAAUGGAAAUGCCGAUGCCAUUCCAAAAGAGCCUUCCGGUUCCAAGGAUGAUGAUGACGGUGCCGUCAACCCUGGUUCCAACCUAUUCGUAACUGGCAUCCAUCCUCGCCUAACCGAGGCUGAGGUCUCCAAAAUGUUCGAGAAGUAUGGAGAUGUCGAAAAAUGUCAGAUCAUGCGCGAUCCGCACUCUAAAGAAUCCCGUGGAUUUGGUUUUGUCAAAAUGGUUACGUCAGAGCAGGCUGAAGCCGCAAAAGAGGGCCUGCAGGGAGAACAAAUUGAAGGUCGCACUCUAAGCAUUGAGAAGGCCCGUCGGGCUCGUCCCCGCACGCCUACUCCAGGCAAAUAUUUCGGUCCGCCGAAACGAGAUCCCCGUCCUCGUUUUGAUGACCGACGUCGGGGUGGCUACGGCGGCGGCAGCGGCGGUGGCUACGGACGUGAUGACUCCUAUAGAUAUCGCGGAUACGAGCGAAAUUACGAACGUCGGCAUGAUGAUCGUGGUAGUUAUGACCGCGGUGGCUAUGAUCGUGGCUAUGACCGUGGUUAUAGAGAUGAUCGCCGAUACGACGACCGCAACUAUGCUCGAGACGCCGAGCGUGGAGGGCACGAACGCCGGGAACGUGAUGAUUACUAUGGUCGGGAACGGUAUGGAGGGCGCGACGACCGUGACAGAUAUGGACCUCGUGGUCCCGGCGGUGGGUACGACCGUGAUCGAUACGACCGUCAAGCCGAGCGUGGCGCGCCAAGGGAGCGAGAAACAGCUGCUGGGGCUCCUGGCUACGGAGACUCGGGUCCCCGAUCUGAGGCCCGCGAUGCAUAUGGGGCUGAUCCAUCUGCUCGGUGA